AAUAAAGGGCGUCCUUCAAAUACUCCCUUUCUGACAAUUUUUCCCUUUGUCAACCAAGAUGUUUUUGAUUUGGAGUCUGUUAAUCACAGCCGCUUUGGCGAACUCGAAUGAUUUGGUUGGAACAUGGACCACCAAAUCUCGUGAUGUUCUUACUGGUCCGGGAUUCUACGAUCCGCUCAACGACAAGCUACUCGAGCCGAAUCUAACGGGAAUUUCAUACUCAUUUGAUGAUGAUGGGAAUUAUGAGUCCGCAUACUAUCGCGCAAUCUCAAAUCCGGCCGACCCAUCAUGCCCGGGAGGGAUCUUGCAAUGGCAACAUGGGUCUUAUGCGGUGUUCGGCAACGGAACACUGAUAUUAACGCCAAUUGCCGUCGACGGUCGUCAGCUACUGUCCAACCCCUGCCAGAAUCAGGUAGGCCAGUACACACGAUUUAAUACCACCGAGGAGUUCAAGGAAUUCUCCGUGUAUAUCGACAAGUUCAAUCGCAUUAGACGCCUCGAUUUGACUAGGGUUGAUGGCUCACUUCUCCACCCCAUGUUCCUCGCCUACCAGCCACCAAAGAUGCUCCCUACCACGACAUUGAACCCCACACCAACAGGGCACAAGCGAAAGCGAGAACUGUCAUCAAAGUCCGGAUUACAGCUAAUCGCUAGAGAACAGUUGAUCGAUCCAGACCGAUGGUGGUGGUUGGGAGUUCUGAUGACAUCUCUCGGAGGAGUAGCUUUCUUCUGCUCAUGA